AUAAAGACAAGCACCGGCUCGUGACUCAAUCAAAACUAGCUUUUACCGGAACUAUCAAGAGCUGAUGCGCCUGGUUUUUACGCGGAAUUUAUAGGAAUAUAACUGAACGGAAAGAGUAGCUACGUUCAUAUGGUUAUUUAGCUUUCCAAAGCUAGCUAAAUUUGUUGAAGUUCAAACGAAUCGUUUCCAGUGACUGUAUAUUUCAUGAUCCCGCGCACUGGUUCUAUAUUUGUUAGUCUUCCUUUUCAUCAUUGACUACUUUUGCGACGUGUGGAUGUUCUGCCAUUCACCUACAUUGACUGUUGAACAAUGGGUGACCGUUUAGUCCGCAUGAUAGCCCAGAGCCAAAGAAACCCUAACAAAGAUAGUAAAAUUACAGGAUAGCAAUACGCCCACACUUUACUUCACCAUAAUUUAUUUCUGUUCAGUCAGGGACAACUCAUAGGCUACACCCAGUGAGUUUAGUUAACCCUCAAACCCCUACUGGUUAGGGUCUUGAAGAGAAGUUACUGUAUACACACAUUGAUACCUCAUUUAAUUUUGCUGUUUGUGAACAUCACAUCUAUUUUCAUAUACAUUCCCUUAUAUUGUGAAGCAAAUCAAUCUUUAGAGAAAUCAAUCACGCACAAUGGUUUCGACAACUCUCGCCACCCUCACCCUGACGGGCACCACACUAGGGAUAAUGGCCCAGGUCACUGGUGGACCACUGACAGACUACAUGUGGCUCCUCAUAGUUGGCUUUAUCAUCGCCUUCAUCCUAGCCUUUUCUGUGGGGGCCAAUGACGUGGCGAACUCGUUUGGCACGGCAGUGGGCUCUGGAGUGGUCACCUUGCGGCAGGCCUGCAUCCUGGCCACUAUCUUUGAGACCGUUGGCUCUGUGCUUCUGGGAGCCAAGGUCAGCGAGACCAUCCGCAAGGGCAUCAUCGACGUUGGCAUGUACAACGGCUCUGAGCACGUGCUGAUGGCUGGCUCUGUCAGUGCCAUGUUUGGUUCUGCGGUAUGGCAGUUGGUGGCCUCUUUUCUCAAGCUGCCGAUCUCAGGUACCCACUGCAUUGUGGGUGCUACCAUUGGCUUCUCUCUGGUGGCCAGAGGUCAACAGGGGGUCAGGUGGCUGGAACUCCUCCGGAUUGUUGUCUCCUGGUUCCUCUCCCCCCUUCUGUCUGGCAUCAUGUCAGGUGUCCUUUUCUACUUUGUACGCAUGUUCAUCUUGCACAAGAAAGACCCCGUGCCCAACGGUCUGAAGGCCCUGCCUGUCUUCUAUGCUGUCACCAUGAUGAUCAACCUGUUCUCCAUCAUCUUCACUGGAGCUCCAAUGCUUGGAUUUGACAAGGUCCCAUGGUGGGGCACACUGCUCAUCUCUUUGACCUGUGGUGUGCUUACCGCCCUGUUGGUCUGGUUCAUUGUUUGCCCACGUCUCAAGAAGAAGAUUGAACGAAAAAUCAAGUCUUCCAGCCCCUCUGAGAGUCCACUGAUGGAUAAGAGGGAGCUGAGGGAGGAACCUGUACCCUGUACCAUCCUGAAACCUGUCCCUGAGGAGCCCCCUUCACCCCCUUCCCCCGUUGACCCAGACUCCCCCUCCCAGCUUCCCCAAGAGGAUCGCAGGGUAACCUUUGACAUUGGAGAUUCUGAUGAUGGCGACAAUAAGGAAGGCAAGGAGUCUGAGAAUGUCCAAAAAGUGCAGUUCAGUAAUGAUGUGCAGUUCAGUAACGGCCCAGCCCACGUCCCCAGCAAUGGUUACAGCCAGUACCACACUGUGCACAAGGACUCUGGCCUCUACAAGGACCUGCUGCACAAGCUCCACCUUGCCAAGGUAGGUGACUGCAUGGGCGAGACUGGCGACAGACCCAUCCGCCGCAACAACAGCUACACCUCUUACACCAUGGCCAUCAUCGGCAUGCACGGGGACUUCCGGCCCAAAGAGGGCGAGUUCCACGCCAGCGAGGACAAGGGUACAGAAGAGAAGAAGAAGCGUGUACGCAUGGACAGCUACACCAGCUACUGCAAUGCUGUGGCUGAGCACGGGGCUCCUGAGGGCAUGGGGGAAGCAGAGGUGACUCUGGAGAUGGGAGAGGAGGAUGCUGGCAGCAGCCGCAGCUCUCUGGAGGAGGAUAGGCAGGACCGGGACCGCCCUGAGGUCUCUGAACUUUUCAGGUUUCUCCAGAUCCUCACUGCCUGCUUUGGCUCCUUUGCCCAUGGAGGCAACGACGUCAGCAAUGCCAUUGGUCCUUUGGUAGCUCUGUGGUUGGUUUACAAUAGUGGUUCAGUUAACUCCAGCGCCCCGACACCCAUCUGGCUGCUGUUGUACGGAGGAGUUGGCAUCUGCCUCGGUCUCUGGGUGUGGGGUCGCAGGGUUAUCCAGACCAUGGGCAAGGACCUCACCCCCAUCACUCCCUCCAGUGGUUUCAGCAUUGAACUUGCCUCAGCCCUGACCGUUGUGGUUGCCUCCAAUAUUGGCUUGCCUGUCUCCACCACCCACUGUAAGGUGGGCUCUGUGGUAGCGGUUGGCUGGCUGCGCUCCAGGAAGGGUGUGGACUGGCGUCUGUUCCGGAACAUCUUUUUGGCCUGGUUUGUUACUGUGCCCAUUUCAGGCCUGAUCAGCGCUGCCAUCAUGGCCCUCUUCACCUACGUCAUCCUGUGAGCCUAGGGCUGCCUGCACCCCAUAACAGGGGAGGAGAGAACAAGUGCCCACUCGUGAUGGGGGGGGGGAGAAGGGGUUGGAAGGUGGAUGUAGCCUGCUAACCCCAUGCCAACAUACCGAAGGAGGGGAAUACAUCAAAGGAAAAAAACGGACGUUGUGAUAUGGGCCUGUGGUUCUUGGCUGCAUAAUUUCCAACCUUAAGUUAUGAUUGUGUUCGUUAAUGCGCCAGAUCACUUCCAAUGGGAACAUUUUUGUUUUCUUUGUCAUUGUUUUUUUCCCUGACUUGGCAGAAUUUCUUUUUCAAUGCUCAUGAUCUUGUAAAAAAUAGCUAAUCAAAUCAACAGUAAAAAAAAAAUCCUAUACUCCACUACUUUUUUUUUUUACUGUGUAAUUAUGUACAUAUACCAUGUUCCUGUUUUUAUAAUCUUAUUUUACAAGUUUGGAUGACAAAACAACAAUUACAACGCAGUAUUAGCCUUUAGUGACGCUUCUAUUUCGCCUGUCAUACAUAACACAUGCUCAGAGUAACUUAGAAUAAACAGUAUAUUUUUAGGUUGAAAGUGAGGUUAUUGGUGUUCUUUCUCUACCUUUUUAAAUGCCAUUGUCAAGAGAAUGUGUUUGUCUUGUCACUAAACAAUUUUAAGAAUUGUGUGUACUUGGAACUGGUUGCCUUGUUUUUCCUUAUGUGCAUGGGAGUUUCAGUUUUCCCCUUGCCAUUUGCUGAAUGAACUGAGUUUGACUGUUGUUACUCAGCCAUUCUACAAAGCCCUUGGUCUGUAGAUAAGUACAGGAAAUGAUGUGCACGCCCCUCAGAGCUAAUUCUCUCAGCUUCUCCUCUGCUUUCUCAACUUGUUACAAUGAUCCCUCAGGUUUUCUGUACUUUCACUAUAUGAUUCUUGUGAAAGUUAUUCUAAAGAAAUUACACAUUUUAUGCAGUGUCAGGCAACCUCAUUUAACUGAAACCUGCUCAACAAGAAACCAGACUGAGUAGAGGCUGCAUUUGACAGGCAAAUCUAUCCCUUCCUCAUUGUAGGUCAACAACACAACACCCGGUUGUGGAUUAGACCCCUUUGUCUAUCCAGUUACCAUAAUGCUUUUGUUUUGAGCAUAGAUGGUGAUACUAGGCGACCUGACCUCUCACCUUACAAAGUUGAGCUCCCACCACCCUGGCUUUUGGGACAUCAUUAUUUAAUUGGGAAAAUGGCUAAAAUGUCUUCACGACAUGUUUAUAAAUUGUCUGAAACAGUACAGUCUAUUUUUAAUCUGGCAGGUUGAUAAAGACAAUUGUUUUUUAAUGGGAUCAUUGUAAAAAGUUUAAUUUCUCAACCUUUUCCCAAUUGUUUUGUUUUGCUGCAAGAAAAAUAUCUAGUACCAUAAGUAUCUAUUCUGGGUCUGCUUUGGUAUUAUUGAUGGUGAUGGCAGACCUUUUACCUGAAAACAAGGUAAAUCUGAAUAAAUGGAAUGUUGGUAAAUGUGGGGAGAGAGACACUUAAAUGAGGUCCUUAGAUUUCCUGUUUAAACUUGAUUGCAUCAAACUAGAUGGUGUAAUGCGUUAGUUCUGCUCAAGCCUUCUGUAGUCUGUUUCGCAAUUUAGCUGCAGAAUUGUAAUUUGCCUGUACUGUUGGUCUGAGGAAUGUGUACUUGCCAACACAUCAGGUUGCUCUUGCCACCAUCUCACAGCUAUGUUUUAUGUGUGGUUGAUGAGGUUAGUGUGAGAGACAUCAGGUUACUACCCUGAACCUGGUGGAUGUUUUUGACUGUGUGUGUGUGGACCUUGCCCAGAUGCUCUGUUGGAAAGAGGGGGGCAUGCAUUGCUGCUGUGAUGCCACCAAGAGUUGCGGUACUGAGCUGCUGCACUACUAAACUCAUUUAGAGUUAUAGUUGCCUUAAUAGUUUUUUUUUUUUUUUUAAGGCACCAAAGAAAAUACUGGUUUGUUAUGCACAGACAGAAUACAUUUGGAGGAAAAAAUAAAUAAAAAUGGAAAGCUA